CUCAAUUGAUAGAUGUCAUGACAGAAUCAGACUCAGAAAAUUCAGAAAUUAAAAUUACAAUAAAUGGCUAAGUACAUUUAUUAUUUGCAGAGCGUGCGUGGGAUUUCCAUGUUUUGUCUAAAACGUUAGUGGAAUCAUGCUUAAAAAUAAACAUAUAAUGUUCUAAAAACUUAGCUAGUGUGAAAAAUAUUUUAAAAUAAAGUUGUUUUAUUGUAACAGGUACUUUUAAAUAUAUAAUGAAAUCUGUUAAUUUGUUUAAAAAAACAUUUGCGAUGGCGUUAAUUUUAAGUGCAAUAGUUUUUGUUUUCUUCUGGGCCAACAUGGAAAUUGUGAGUUCCGGCGAAGCUCAAGGCAUACCCUUGAAAGUAAAAAACAAACUAUGUUACGAGAACUUCAAAGAUGAGAGGAACCACCUGAACAAGACUUCGGACUUGAAGAUGAUAUACUUCGUAACGCCAACGUACCCUCGACCAGCUCAGGUGCCGGAGCUCACCAGAUUGGCACACACCUUGAUGCAUGUGCCCAGGAUUCACUGGAUCGUGGCUGACGACCAGCCAAUAUGCUCUGACAUCGUUUUGGAAAUACUCAAGCGUUCAGGUCUGCCAUACACCCACAUUUCAAGCCCAAAGCCUUUUGCGUACAAAGAAAAGAACUUUCCCCGAGGAGUGUCCAACCGCCGUGCAGCUUUGGGCUGGCUCAGAGACAAUGUGCGCGAGGGAGUUCUGUACUUCGGUGAUGAUGAUAAUACAAUUGACCUCAAACUCUUUGAUGAAAUACGGCAGACGAAGAAGGUUUCUAUGUUCCCUGUCGGCCUGAUUGGAAGCUAUGGGGUUUCUACGCCUAUUGUUAAAGAUGGAAAGGUUGUGGCAUUCUUCGACUCGUGGCACGGCUCCCGUACAUACCCAGUUGACAUGGCAGGCUUCGCAAUCAACAUAGAGUACCUAAAACCCUCUGCUUCUAUGCCGUACAUCGCUGGCCACGAAGAAGAUAGGUUCCUGGUAAGCCUCGGCCUCACCCUCAAUGACAUUGAACCCCUAGCUUCAAACUGCUCCAAGGUCUUAGUCUGGCACACCAAAACAGCACCUUACAAAAAACCUUCGCUAAGAAUUGAUGUCGACCAAAUCGAUAUAACAUCCCCUAAGUACGAUUAUUUCGUCAAUCUACUUAAAGAAACUUCUAGGUUAGGUAUGGCUAGCGUUUUUCCUGAUAACGGUUCAAAGACUUAUAUUAUAAGGGAUCGUAGGAAAUAUGAAACUUUGAGUGGGCUGUCGUAAUGUGUGAUUUGCACACUCGUCGUCAUAAUAUUGAGGAUACCUCGCUAGUACUUUAAUGAAACCGCGUUGCGUUGUUACUGCCCUAAAAGUUUAACCGUAUCUAGUGAACAAAGUAACAAUAUAGAAAUGUUUUUUUUAUUCAUGUCUUAGUUAGACUUUAACUUGACUUUAUUUUUAAUGGUCAACACGUGAAGCCAACUUGUCGUUUUAGUUCAGUUUAAUAUUAAAACCUUGCUAUGAAAAAAACAAUAUAAGAUAGUACCUGCAUAAAACAAGCGAUAAAUGAUAUAUUUUUCGACCGUGUUGGUGUUAUCAUUUAGUGUCCAAAUUGUAUUUUUUUUUUUACACAAGAACAAACAAAAAACAUGUAAGUAACUGUUGACGUAGUAAUUCUAAAAUAAACAACGAUCUCGAAAUAACUGAUUAUUUCAAAGACUAUUAAAAUUAAUUCGAUAGGAUUAUGUCUAUAAGACAGUCGGUAGAUCAGUUGUAGCUUAAGCAUGUUAAAUAUUGUUGCAAAAACUAAAAUUUACAAACACGUACAAAAUGACUUAUCUCAGUUAUAAGUUUAUCACAGGUUUGGGUUUCUGCAAAUAAUUUCCGACCAAAACGAACACGAAAAUACAUUAAAAUGAUAAGAACUUACAAUUAUGUAAUCUACGCAAUAUUAGUGGCAAACUAUUGUAAUUGUUUAUAAUAGUAAUUCGUUACAAAUUAGCUAAACUUAUAUAAUACAUGUAACAAAAGGAAACUUGAAUAUAUAUGGCCUUACUACAAAAACUUUAACACGUGUUUUACACUUGUCUAAAAAAAAUUUGGCUGCAAAAUGAACCAUAUGUCAACGUCGUAAUUUGACAUUUUUUUAGACAAGGCUUAAACUGACGUUUAAAAGUUUUUGUGGUAAGACGGAUAGUGUUUAAAUACAGUGUGAUGUUAGAUAGAAUUAAUAAAUUAUUUAAGAAUAAGCGAUCAAGCGAAAGAUUUUCUUCUGGGAUUUGUAAGUAAAUCCUUUAUCUAAGGUCUUUAAUAAGAUUGAUUAAAACAAGAUUAGUUUGUGAAAGUCAAACUGUCUACAUAUUGUAAUCACUGUGGCACGUUGUGAUAAAAAAAGUUGUAUGUAGCGUAAAUAUUUUCCAUAUAAUAGUUUCAGUUCAAACAGAAUUGAUAUAUGCAACACAAGCACUGAAAAAGUAAAAAUGCUGAAAUUACUCUUCAAGUGUAAAUACUUAACAUAUACAACUCUUAAUAAUAGAUUAAAAUGAUCAGUUUACAUGCUUAAUUAAUAAUUAUGUUGUUAACCUAAAGAAAACAUUUAUUUAUUUAUAUACAGUUGAACAAAACUGUGCAAUAUUAAAAAAGAAUGCAUAAUUCUGUUUACUUCAAGGUCAAACAAAAUUUAUGAAUAAUAAAACAAAAUAAGAGACA